UCCCUUUGAAGAUAUUGUACGUCACAUUUCGUGAUUAUAUAUGUGGGAUAUGGUAGAAUGUAAGUGAAAUAUAAUCCAAAGUAGAGUUUAUUGUAAAAAGAUAGAUUUAACGCUUAUCACUCGCAACGAUAGAUUGACUCUUUGUUCUGACCCUUUCUCUUUUCGUUGGUCUACUUAAGAGGACUAUUCCUCCGUUGUUUUUUUUCUCACGUACAUCCCGUACCCUUCAUCCUGCAUCUCUCUCUCUCUCUCUCUCUCCCUUUAUAUAUAUGUUUCAUCUCUUUCUUUCAUAAACAACGCACCUUCCACCCUUUUGUCCAUCGAAAGGCAUACUACAUAUAUAUGUAUAUAUACGAUAGGUUAAUCCAUCAAACAUUUAUAUCUAUUCGUUUUUUUUCCUUUUAUGGAUAAUAUUAAUAUAUUUUUCUGCGUACUUUUACUGACAAAUAUUAGAACAUCCUAGCAAUAGAAAUAUCUUGUUUGUCAUCAGACGGAACUAUGAAAAAGAUAUAAUGGAUAUUUACAAAAACGAGGAAUAUCGAUUAUGUGGAUUGCUGGCAGAAUGAAAUUCAUCGUAUGAAGAUUGCUACGAACAUAUUAUUAUAUUAACAUUGACGUUAUAUUUAAGAAAGUCGAAGUGUCAAAAAGAAAUUGACUUUUAAUAUGAAUAGAGAAAAAUUGUUUUAUGUACAUUACUCUGUAAAAAUGUUCAAAGAGAAAUAAUCGUAUGUACACGUUCCAAUUUGACUAAAAUUCCUUUAGGGUUAAACAGAUAUUACAUAAAUUCAAAGAUGCACACGACCGUACAAUUUUUUUUAUUACGUUUGUCUCAAAAGAUAAGACAUUGUCAAAAAAGGCUCGGACGUUACAAACACGAUGCUGGUUCUAAUGAAAGAGAAGACACUUUUCUUACUACGUCAAGUAAUUAUUAUCUACAAAACAUGUAUAAUGCUUGGUUGAAGGACAAAAACUCUGUACAUUCCUCUUGGAAUGAAUUCUUUGAACGAAUUCAUUCUCAAAAGAAUAACAUCAGAUCUGCUCUACCAAAAAGUAAUAUUGCCACCAUUACCUCUAAAAUGGCUGCGCGAAGAACGAAAAAUGGGGCAGGACAAAAUAUUUCAUUGUCACCCAAAACGAGCGGGUCGUCUUUCAAUCAAUCUCAAAAUGAACGUCUUAUAAAUAAAACUUUGGACAUUGAUUCUACGAUUCGUGCUUAUCAGACACGCGGUCAUUUGAUAGCUGAUUUGGAUCCAUUGGGAAUUCAAAAUCCAGAUUCUGCUAAGCUUCAAGGAACUGCUAAUUUGCCACCAGCGAUUGUAGUGAGAGAAUAUUUAAAAGGAAUUACCGAGGCUGAUAUGAAUAAAGAAUUUUUAUUGACGAGAUCGACAAUGAUCGGUGGAGAAAAGAAAAGUUUGCCUUUACGCGAGAUCAUCAUGAGAUUAAAUAAAGUUUAUUGCGGGCACUUAGGUCUUGAAUACACUUAUAUUCAUGACCCUGUUAUGUUAGAUUGGUUAAAAGAAAAAUUCGAAGUACCGAAUGCCUGGGAAUUAUCUACCGACCACAGAAAAUGGAUUUGGAUGAAUAUCAUGAAAGCCGUGAGAUUUGAAGGAUUUUUACAGAAAAAAUACGCUAGCGAAAAAAGAUUCGGAUUGGAAGGUUGCGAAGCAUUCAUCCCGGCGAUGAUGCAAUGUUUGGAAACGUCCGCUGAUAAAGGAGUGGAGACCGUGGCGAUAGGAAUGGCACAUCGUGGUCGUCUAAACACAUUAGUCAAUGUUUGUUCGAAACCUCUCCAUCAAUUAUUGACUCAAUUCAAUCCUAUAGCUCUUGACGGCUUUGGAUCUGGGGAUGUGAAAUAUCAUCUUGGAACGCACGCUGAAAAAUUGUUACAGAGAAGUAACAAAAAAAUACAUGUUUCCAUUAUGGCGAAUCCUUCGCACCUGGAAGCUAUCGAUCCCGUUGUAGUAGGUCGAAUUAGAGCCGAACAAGUGGAAAAGAAAGAUACUAAAAGUGAAAGAUCAUUGGCACUCUUAGUUCAUGGUGAUGCUGCUAUAGCCGGGCAGGGCGUAGUUUUUGAAACGAUGCACCUAACGAAUCUACCGGAAUACACAACUGGAGGUGUCAUUCAUGUCAUUAUAAAUAAUCAGAUUGGUUUUACGACCGAUCCGAGAUAUUCUCGAUCCAGUUGGCAUUGCUCGGACAUAGCGAGGGUCAUAAACGCACCAGUAUUUCAUGUACACGGCGACGAUCCGGAUUUAGUAGUUUAUUGUAGUCAAAUUGCUAGUGAAUAUAGAGCAAAAUUUCAUAAUGACGUUAUGAUCGACAUUGUCGGAUAUCGGAGAUAUGGUCACAAUGAGUUAGACGAGCCUAUGUUGACCCAGCCAAUAAUGUAUAAGAACAUAAGAGCUCAUCCAAAUGUUCUGACCAUCUACAGCGAUAAAUUAUUAAAAGAGGGUGUGAUAACAGAAACCUUUAUAAAAGAAGAAAUCGAUAAAUACCUAGAUCAUUGCGAGACGGAAUUUAAAAAAGCGCAAUCCAUUCAAUCUAUACACAUGUGGGAUUGGCAUGAUAUACCUUGGAGCAAAUUCUUUUCAAAUCAAUCUUCGGAAAAUAAAAUACCGAAGACAGGCAUUAAUUUGGAAUCAAUUAAAACUAUGUGCAAAACUUUAUCGACUCCUCCGGAAGGGAUAACAGUUCACAAUGCGGUGUUAAGGACAAUGAAAAAACGAGGAGAGAUGAUGUCGGAAGAAAAAAUUGAUUGGGCUAUGGGCGAAGGUUUGGCAUUUCUUAGUUUAUUGAAAGAAGGACAUCAUGUAAGAUUAUCCGGGCAAGACGUUGAACGCGGAACCUUUUCCCAUCGAAUGCACAUUAUUCAUGAUCAGAAGAGAGACAAAGUAUAUAAAAAUCUUCUCAACGAUGUGUUCCCUGAUCAAGCACUUUAUACCGUUUCAAAUUCUUCAUUAUCGGAAUACGGGGUUUGCGGUUUCGAGUUGGGAUACUCGGCUUACAAUCACAAGACGCUUACGCUUUGGGAAGGACAAUUUGGUGAUUUUUGUAAUACCUGUCAGGUUACCAUAGAUUGUAUAUUAUCUUCUGGCGAAUCAAAAUGGGGUAGGCAAGUGGGACUAGUCUUGCUUUUACCACAUGGCAUGGAAGGUCAAGGACCUGAACAUUCGUCCGCAAGAUUCGAAAGAUUUUUGCAAAUGUGCGACGACGAUUGUAUUCACAUACCUGGAACAGAACCGAAUGCUGCCAAAGAUAAAUCUCCGGAAGAAAUAAUGACGCGACAACUUUUUGAAAUAAAUUUAAUCGUUUGCAAUUUGACUACACCGGCGAACUUUUUUCAUGUUUUGCGACGGCAAAUAUUGAUGCCUUUUAGAAAACCACUGGUAAUCAUGACACCAAAGUCAUUGCUUCGACAUCCCAUGGUGAUAUCGAGUUUUAAGGAAAUAGGCCCUGGUACAACGUUUCAACCGGUGAUCAGAGAUUACUCCGUCAAGCCAGAAGGCAUUAAAAAAAUACUCUUCUGUACGGGAAAAAUAUACUAUGAUCUCAUUGCAGAACGUAAGACAAAACAAUUAGAAGAUAAAAUUGCAAUAGUGCGAAUCGAACAAAUUUGUCCUUUUCCGUAUCACCUCGUUGCAGAUGAAAUAAAUAAAUAUCCGAAAUGCAAGAUAAUGUGGUUCCAAGAAGAACACAAAAAUCAAGGCCCAUACUAUUACAUAAGAGAUAGAUUAGCGCUGGCUUUGCGCCUACGACUGGAAGAGAUAAGUUAUGGUGGCCGACCACCUAGUGCCGCUUCAGCUACUGGAAAUAAGAACAUUUAUGCGACGGAAUUUCAAGACAUGAUGAAAAUGGCAAUGCAUCUUUGAUUGAAAUUCAAAGAAUGGUUAUUAUUAUAACGUCUUUCGAAUAUAAUAAUAAAAAUUCAAUGUUUAUUACGGGGUAUCACUUUAACUCACCAACAA